AUGCCUACAGAGGAUCCUCACCUUCAUCUUCGUCUAUUCAUGGAGAUCAGUGAUUCUUUCAAAUUUCAAGGAGUACCUGAAGAUGCUUUGCGCUUGAAAUUAUUCCCUUAUUCUGUGCGAGAUAGAGCUAGAACCUGGCUAAAUUCUUUACCUGCAGGAUCAGUCACAACAUGGAAUGAUUUGACAGAAAAGUUCUUGAGCAAGUAUUUUCCUCCCAAUAUGAAUGCAAAGCUCCGGAAUGAGAUCAAUUCUUUUCAACAGCAGGAUGAUGAAUCUUUAUAUGAUGCAUGGGAGAGAUUUAAAGAAUUACUCAGAAAAUGUCCUCAUCAUGGUAUUCUUCAUUGCAUUCAGAUGGAGACUUUUUAUAAUGGUCUCAAUGCUCAAACAAAGAUGGUGGUGGAUGCAUUAGCAAAUGGGGCUCUUCUCUCUAAGUCCUAUAAUCAGGCUUAUGAAAUUAUUGAGACAAUUGCUACCAACAACUAUCAGUGGUCAUCUUCCAGAGCUCAAACAGGUAAAAAGGUAGCUGGAAUCUAUGAUGUGGACUCUAUAACUUCGAUGAAGGCUCAACUAGCAUCUAUGGAGCAUAUGCUCAAGAAUCUGAGCAUGGGCAGUAAUCAAUCUAAGGAGCAAUCCCUCAGUUCACAGAUUAAUCAAACCAAGAAUGUUUCUUGUGUAUUUUGCGGUGAGGCUCAUACUUAUGAUAGUUGUCCUUCAAAUCCAGAAUCUGUCUUUUACAUGGGAAAUCAAAAUAAGGGUGGCCCUUACUCGAAUACUUACAAUCAGUCAUGGAGGCAACAUCCUAAUUUUUUUUGGAGCAAUCAAGGGGCAAAUUCUGGAACUUCAAAUAGCAAUGUAAAGUCCAAUUAUCCACCCGGAUUUUCUCAACAAGCACCUCAGUCUAAUUCACUUGAAAAUAUGUUGAAGGAGUACAUCAUCAAGAAUGAAGCUAGUAGAUCUCAGAUUGAAGCUCUGGUCCAAAGUCAAGCGGCAUCCUUACGAAACUUAGAGAAUCAAGUUGGGCAACUAGCUAAUGAGCUGAGGAAUCGACCACAUGGUACUCUCCCUAGCGACACCGAAAAGCCUAAGGGUGUUGGGAAUGAACAUUGUAAGGCCAUGACAUUGAAGAGCGGAAAAGUUUUGGGGAACACUACUAAUGAUGCCAAACAUGAUGAUUCUGUUGUACCUAGUGGCAAUGAGGAAGUUCGUGAUGAUAAGGAAAGCGAAAACGACAAGGUAUCUCCACCAAAGGCUACAUCUGAGAAAUCACACAUUCAGCCACAACCUCCAUUUCCUCAGCGAUUUCAAAAGCAAAAACAGGAUGUUCAGUUCAAGAAAUUUCUUGAUAUUUUGAAGUAG